CUCUGCCGUCCCGAGAUCGCUUUUUUUUUGUGUUCCUGAUUACGAAACCCCGCCUGGGGAGUCGGGAAUUCUUCGCCUCAGAUCCGCGGUUUCCUCGGAGGCGUCACUGAAUUGCGGGUUUUUUUUUUGUGUCUGCGCAGGUUUCUUGCGUGCCGCGGCGGGGUUGGAUUGGAUCGAGGGAGAGUGAGAGAGAGAGAGAGAGAGAGAGAGAGAGAGCCAGCGGUUGACUAGCGCGGCCGCCAGAGAUGGGCAAGGGCGGCGGCUGCGUCCCCAGCAAGAAGCGCCAGCCGCCGGCCGCCGCGGGCGUGGCGCCUUCGUCGUCGUCCGCAGCGGCGGCGGCCGCGGCGCCGCGCGAGGCGCCCGAGGAGGAGCUGGCCUCCGCAGCGGGGCGGACGCUGCGGCUGUACAUCUUGUUCUACUCGAUGUACGGUCACGUGGAGGCGCUGGCGCGGCGGGCGGCGGCGGGGGCAGGCGCGGUGGAGGGCGUUGAGGCCGUGCUAAGGCGGGUCCCCGAGACGCUCCCGCCGGAGGUGCUGGAGAAGAUGCAGGCGCCGCCCAAGGACCCCGCGGUCCCCGUUAUGGCGUCCGCGGCGGAGCUGGAGGAGGCCGACGGGGUGUUGUUCGGGUUCCCGACGAGGUACGGCGCCAUGGCCGCGCAGAUGAAGGCGUUCUUCGACUCCACCGGGUCGCUUUGGGAGGAGCAGAGGCUCGCUGGGAAGCCCGCCGGGUUCUUCGUCAGCACCGGCACACAGGGCGGCGGCCAGGAGACCACAGCUUGGACGGCAAUCACCCAGUUAGUGCACCAUGGAAUGCUCUUUGUCCCGAUCGGCUACACCUUCGGUUCAGACAUGUUCAAGAUGGACGAAAUUAGAGGAGGCAGCCCCUACGGUGCCGGCGUCUUUGCUGGUGACGGUAGCAGACAAUCCAGCGAGACGGAGCUCGCCCUCGCCGAGCACCAGGGCAAGUACAUGGCCUCAAUAGUGAAGAAGCUUGCUCAUCAUGCCUGAGCCCUCCAUCCUUGUGCAGGAAAAGACACGCAGUCACCUUCGCCCAGCCUUCGGUUUCCCUGUUGCUUUCAGAUCCAUCCGGUCGUGUCGUAUAUGUGCACAGAUUGUUCUCAAAUCGUCUAUUAUUUGUCAAAGUAGCCCUAAAUUAAGGUUUCUUUGUACAUUGUCGGCAUAAAUAUUGUUGUCCAUUUGAACAAUAAGUGUCCCAACAACGUGUUCAUCAAUAAACUUCAUCUGUCAUAUUGAUUAUGAAAAAAUCGCGUUUUGAUU